AUGCUGCCCAUCGCGACGACAUCCCCGCCUAGCCCCGGCAUUUCCCGCGAUCGCCCGCGAGCUAUAGCCAAUCCCGGAGAUUCCGGGAACUGGCGCUCGGCACCUGGCAUUUGCGUAAUGGCAACUCAGCGGCGCCGGCGGCGUCACACGUGGGAGGCUAAGUGCCGAGCGGCAGAACGAUUUCCCCACGGCCACAAGGGAACUUCG